AUGGAGAUACUAGCAAAACAACGGACAUUAGAGGAGACCUCUACUUGGGCAGUAGCUGUGGUUUGCUCCGUCUUACUAUUUAUUUCGAUUGUCAUUGAACAUUCGAUUCACAAGAUUGGAACCUGGCUUAAGAAGAAGCACAAGAAGGUUCUCUAUGAAGCUCUUGAAAAGGUCAAAGCAGAGCUUAUGCUGUUGGGAUUCAUAUCACUACUCCUAACAGUCGGACAAAAACCAAUCUCAAAUAUCUGCAUUUCCAAGAGUGUUGCUUCAACGAUGCACCCUUGCAGCCCCAAGGUUGAAGAAACUAGUAAGUACGCCAAGAAGAAUGAAAACGAUGGAGAAAAAUCCGGUAGAAGACUUCUUCUUGAGUUAGCUGAAUCUUAUAUCCCUAGACGAAGUUUAGCCACCAAAUGCGAUGACUAUUGCGAUAAGAAAGGGAAAGUGGCUUUUGUAUCUGCUUAUGGAAUCCACCAGCUGCAUAUAUUCAUCUUUGUGCUCGCCGUGGUUCAUGUUAUUUACUGCAUUGUCACUUAUGCUCUCGGGCAGACCAAGUUGAAGAGGUGGAAGCAGUGGGAGAAGGAGACUCAGACGUUAGAAUAUCAGUAUGCCGUCGAUCCCGAUAGGUUCAGGCUUGCAAGGGACACAACUUUCGGGAGAAGACAUCUCAGUUCCUGGAGCAAGACGAGUGUUACUCUAUGGUUUGUGUGUUUCUUCAGACAGUUCUUUGGAUCUAUCACCAAAGUUGAUUACUUCGCGUUGCGCCAUGGUUUCAUCACGGCGCAUGUUGCUCCCGAGGGCCGAGCAAAAUACGAUUUCCGCAAGUAUAUUCAGAGAUCAUUAGAGCAAGACUUCAAAGCCGUUGUGGAAAUCAAUCCGGUUAUCUGGUUUGUAGCCGUGCUAUUCCUCUUGACCAAUACUCAUGGACUACGUUCUUACCUCUGGUUACCGUUCAUUCCGCUAGUUGUGGCUCUGAUAGUUGGAACAAAGCUUCAAGUGAUUAUAACCAAAAUGGGUCUAAGAAUCCAAGAGAGAGGCGACGUGGUGAUAGGCACUCCGGUGGUUAAGCCCGGUGAUGAUCUAUUCUGGUUUGGCAAGCCAAGAUUAGUCCUAUUUCUUAUCCAUUUGGUUCUUUUCACGAAUGCAUUUCAACUUGCCUUCUUUGCUUGGAGUACGUAUGAAUUCAAGCUCAGGAAUUGUUUCCAUAAAAGAACUGAAGAUUUGGUCAUUAGAAUUGUAGUUGGAGUUGUUGUACAGAUACUUUGCAGCUAUGUGACUCUUCCACUCCAUGCUCUUGUCACUCAGAUGGGUACUAACAUGAAGUCAACGGUAUUCAACGAAAAUGUAGCCACGGCGAUAGAGAAGUGGCAUCACACAGCAAAGAAGGAGACGAAACAUGGAAGACACUCUGAAUCAAACACACCUUACUCUAGCCGUCCAACCACACCAACUCAUGGCUCAUCUCCGACCCAUCUCCUUCACAAUCACAAGAACCGACACUCUGAUCGUCAUGACGACCACCAGUUUUGGGAUCCUGAGUCUCAACACCAAGAAGCCGGAUCUUCCACACAUUCUCAAAGCUCGGAAAAGAAGCCUGUUCUUGCAUCCGUGGAACUUCCUCCUAUCAAGAACUGA